UUAACUGUGUUUCUAGCCCGGAUGUCAGAGCAUUUCUUCAGAUGGAUAACCCAAAACACCAGUUGGAUCCAUCUGAAGAUGAAGAUGAAAGGACCAGUCGGAAGUUAAACUCUACCUCACAGAAUAUCAACUUGGGACCGUCUGGAAAUCCUCAUGCUAAACCAACAGACUUUGAUUUCCUGAAAGUUAUUGGGAAAGGCAGCUUUGGCAAGGUUCUUCUUGCAAAACGAAAACUGGAUGGGAAAUACUAUGCUGUCAAAGUGCUGCAGAAAAAAAUAGUUCUUAAUAGGAAAGAGCAAAAACAUAUUAUGGCUGAGCGUAAUGUGCUUUUGAAAAAUGUGAAACAUCCGUUUUUGGUUGGAUUACAUUACUCUUUCCAAACAACAGAAAAGCUUUACUUUGUCCUGGAUUUUGUUAACGGAGGAGAGCUAUUCUUUCACUUACAAAGAGAACGUUCGUUUCCUGAGCACAGAGCCAGAUUUUAUGCUGCUGAAAUAGCCAGUGCACUGGGCUACUUACACUCCAUAAAUAUAGUGUACAGGGAUUUAAAACCAGAAAACAUUCUCCUAGAUGCACUAGGUCAUGUUGUAUUGACAGACUUUGGACUUUGUAAAGAAGGGAUUGCAACUUCUGAUACCACUGCAACUUUCUGUGGGACGCCAGAAUACCUUGCACCAGAAGUCAUUAAAAAGCAGCCCUAUGACAACACAGUGGACUGGUGGUGCCUUGGUGCAGUUCUUUACGAAAUGCUUUAUGGGCUGCCUCCUUUUUACUGCCGUGAUGUUGCUGAGAUGUAUGAGAACAUUCUUCAUAAACCCCUAGUUUUGCGCCCAGGAAUCAGUCUUACAGCUUGGUCUAUUCUGGAAGAACUUUUGGAGAAAGAUCGGCAAAGCAGACUUGGAGCAAGGGAAGAUUUU